AUGACAACUUCAAAAGCAAAAUACCACGUCGCCAUUGUACUCGCAGUAGCAUUUGUUUUUAAUUCCUGGAUAUUCAUUACUGCUGAACCUGGAGAAAAUGGCUGUGAUAUCAACCUUGAGUAUGUCAGUCUGUACACGUUUAUGGGAUUGGCAGAAGCAGUUUUAAUGAUAAUACCAACAAUUAUCAUUGUUGUUUCAAACGUAUUGGUCGUUAUACGACUACAGGCUCAUCUUCGUCGGAUGCCAACCUCACCGACAGUAUCGUUUAGUACAGCAGAUUUGGUGUUGAACAACAAUCACUCAACUGCACCUGCAACAAUCAAGAGUAACGACACGAUAUUAAAAUCUGGUUUCUCACGUCUGAAUAGCCGAAUCUCGAUUACAAAUGCUUCAAAACGUAAAAAACGAAAAAAUUUACGUUACGCCGACGUACAGCUAACCAGAAGUCUUUUGGUUGUUACUUCAGUGUUUGUUGCACUGAACUUACCGACAUAUUUAGUGCGAAUAUACGGACUUUUUUUAUCAUCAAUUCUGCCUAUAGCGUAUCCGAUAAUGGAUUGCCUUAGUUAUGGAUCAGUUCUACUGUUGUAUACACAUCACGCUGUACUAUUUUACCUGUACAUAUUUUGGAGCCCACAAAUGAAACGACGUUUAAUACCCACAGCACUAAAGUUACUUGAAUGCUACUGCUUUAAAUUUCCAGGCGAUACGUCUAAUUAG